CACAAGAGCGUCGACAGAACGAUGUGCGAAUAGGAUAAAACUGAGAUAAAUAAAAUGAAUGAAUGUGGUGCGUUGAAGUCAUCGAAAUGAUUCUAAUCAUAUUUGCAAUUUGCUUGCACCAUCUGAAUGCUGAGAGUGUUAGAGUUCAGCUCCAUCCAGUUAGCAAGGCUGACUCUGUAUUAAGCUAUUUGAAAAUAUUUCAAAAAUCAUUACAAAACUUAUGGAUGAAUUUAUGGAAAGAUGACAACACACCCGCAGCCGAACAACUGAAGAAUUACGAAAAUUUUCAGUAUUAUGGUGAAGUGAUGGUGGGAACUCCGCCUCAAAAACUGCGUGUCUUAUUCGACACUGGAUCAACUGAUACAUGGUUUCCUUCAAGAAACUGUUGGCCUCUUGAUGCUCUGUGUUGGGUUCUUCGGUUUUAUGAUAGCUCAAAAUCAUCCACUUAUAAGCCAAAUGGCACAAAUUUUGAGGUCUACUAUAUGGACAGUAGUUAUUAUGGAUUUUGGAGUAUGGACACUAUUCAGAUAAAUUCUUUGGUUAUUCACCAGCAAGCAUUUGCUCAAGUGACAAAUAUAUUUAAUGCUGACUUCCUCACUAACCAAUAUGAUGGAAUAAUUGGCAUGUCAUGCCGAAACAUAUCACCAUAUGGGAAUAUUCCUGUAGUUCCAAACAUGUUUGCUGAAAACAAGGAGAUGGAUGCAGUGUUCUCUUUCUACUUGAGUCGAAAAGAUGGUGAGCCCGUUGGUGGUGAAUUGGUCCUAGGUGGCAUUAAUCCUGAACACUUCACAGGGGAAUUCGAAAGUCUACCUACAACUUCUCAAACUAGUUGGGUGGUUCAAAUGAAAAGCAUCAAAAUAAAUGGAAUGGAGUAUUUCGAUGAAACAUAUUUCGCCGCCAUGGACACUGGGACAUCCCUGAUAGUUGGUCCUAGUAAAAUCGUGAAUAGAAUCAAUUCUCAACUGGGUGCCAAACUCAGCGUCACUGGUGAUUAUGUAAUCAACUGUAAUGAUAUACACACCCUUCCACCUAUUGAGUUUACCUUCAAGAGGAGGACAUAUGUGCUGCAGGCAAAGGAUUACAUAGUUAAGCAAAAUUUUUGGUUGUUCUCCAAAUGUUUAUCACCAUUUAAUGCCAAUGACAACUUAAUACACAAUCUCUGGAUCCUUGGUGAUGUUUUCAUGGGGAAAUUUUACACUGUAUUCGAUUUCGGUGAGUCACAGAUAAGAUUAGCUGAUGUUGACGAUGACUAAACCUCGUUGUACUGGAUCCCGUGAAUCACUGAAAAUAAACAAAUUU